AUGUCCCCCGUCAAGGUCUUCCUCACUGGUGCUACCGGUUAUAUCGGUGGAGAAGUCUUACACACGAUCGUCAAGGCCCAUCCAGAUUGGGAAAUCACCGCUUUAGUCCGCACUCAAGAGAAGGCGGAUCUAGUGUCGAGCAAAUACCCAAACAUUCGCAUCAUUCAGGGAGAUUUGGACUCGGUUGAGCUCAUUGAAGACCAGGCCAAGAACGCCAAUAUUGUGUUCAACUGUGCCAACUGCGACCAUGUCGCGUCGGCCGAGGCCAUCGCUCGGGGUGCCCGACAUCACACUGCCGACCAGCCAUUGUGGCUGAUCCAUACCUCGGGCACAGGUAUUCUAACCAUUGAGGACAAACGUGCAGGCACGAUGGGAAUUGAACGACCCAAAAAAUACGACGACUGGGAGGGAAUCAGCGAGAUGAUCAACUUCCCUGAUGAUGGUAUUCACCGAGAUGUCGACAAGAUUGUCAUCAACAUGGGGAGGGAGAGCCCAGCCAGUGUGCGCACGGCAAUUAUUUGCCCUCCCACCAUCUCGGGACCUGGCCGGGGCCCAGUGAAAACUAAGAGUAGCCAGGCGUACCGACUCAGCGCCAUCGUCCUGACUCGUGGCUCAGGAUUCCUUAUUGGCAAGGGCGAGAACAUCUGGCACGAAGUUCACGUCCAAGACUUGAGCAACCUCUUCCUUACUCUCGGAGAUGCCGCCAGUCAGGGCGGUGGCAAAGCAACGUGGAACGACGAGGGCUAUUAUUUCGCCGAGGACGGAUCUUUUAUCUGGGGUGAUAUUCAGCGCGAAAUUGCAAAGCAAGCCCACGUGCAGGGAUUCAUUGAUUCUCCCGAUGCGAAAGAGUUGGAUAUCGAGGCGGUGAACAAGAUCUCUCCAACCGCCCACUACGCCUGGGGCUCGAAUUCACGCGGACGCGCGAUUCGCGCUCGCAAGCUUCUAGGAUGGGAGCCCAAAAUGCCAAAGCUGAUCGACAUGAUUCCUGAGAUCGUCGCUCUGGAGGCCAGGGAUUUGGGCCUGCGUUGA